AUGUCAGACUCGGCAGGAAUGUGCGGCGAGUUUGGGAGCAAGCGAAAGCGCACCAUGGAAUGGGCCAUGAAGGUGCCUGAGGCAGAUGUGCAUCUGCUCGCCCAUGCUUCUUCCAAUCACGAUCUCCGCCAGCACGACGAGAGCGACGACCAUGGCAAGCACGACGGCCACACACCCAAACGCAGCCGCCCCUCGCCGUCGCCCAAGCAGCAACCUCGCAGCAUUCGCCGCAAAGACGCUCGCUACGGCCUGGCCUCGCUCAGCAAGCGCCACGCAGAACCCGCCGACCUCGAUGUCCCGGACAACACACGCCCCUCUCGCUUCCAAGAAGGCAGCAUGUCGGACAAACCCAGUGCCCAACCACCGAGCGUCUUUACUCGCGGCCACUCGGACAAUAGUGUGCCCACCCUGGCCAACGUCGACGACCUCAUGACCCAGUACCAUCAAGAGAACUCGACCCCCGCUGUAUAUCGCUCUGUCAAGACCGCCGUCAACCACCCCCUCAAACCUGUCGUCAACCAUCCCCUCCAGGACGAGUCUGUCGAGCCUCGUCCACCUCCGCCAUUCAGUGCUCCUACCUUCGACUCAAUUGCUCCAUCGACGACAGCAUCUGUCAAGCCUGCGGGCGGCCUCUUCCGCUUCGGCAAGAUGGUUGCAGCAACCUUCAAUCCCACCAAUGUGUGGGAAUCCUUCUCACGCACCUGGAAAGAGUCCAAGGAAGAUCUUACUGUUAGAAACAUUGAAGAGAACCGCAAGCGCGCUCAGGACGACAAGGCCAUGUAUGAACAGGCAUACCAGGAACUUAAGAAGUCCGGCCAGUUCAACUUCACCGUCGUACCCAACAAGGCUUUAACAUCGCCUCGCAUUGGUGGAAACAGCCAAUUCGGCUCGCCUGUACGCCAGCCUCUGACUUCGCCCCGUCGUGCUGCCGCCUAUGCCCAUCUACGCCCGGAUGCCGAUUUUCCACACUCGCGGGAUACUUCGCUUGAUUUGGCUGCCGAUACCUCCGCGCCACCCCAGUUGGCUGCUCUGUUCAAACGAGAUGAUGAUCCGAUCACAGAGCCAAAGUCACCCCAGCACUUGUCACCCGAGAAGCCUCUGAGUAAACGCAAGUCCUUCUUCGCCCUACGUGGUGCUUCUCUGCGCGCUCCUUCCUUGAGCUCUCUGAAGCGUGGUCGCUCUCAUGCCAAUAUAAGUGAAACCUUCGUACGCACGUCAGAGGACAAGCCUAAGAGGACUCCUUCCACAUCGCCAGAGAAGCCUGCCAUUCACAGUCAUCUCACUUUACAAUCUCUUCCCAGGUCUCAGUCCAAGAAGGAGCUCAACAAAGCAGUGAAGCUGAACAAACGUGUCAGUGAUCUCGAGUCCAAACUUGCCGACGCUCGUCGUGAGCUGAACAACGCUAUCACGAACGCCUCUCCACUACCACCCCUUCCUUCUCGCUUCGAGAGGUUCACUCCCACUUCCAAAUCAAAGUCAACCAGGGCUAGGUUUGGAUUGAGUGGUAGCAAGCUACCUUCUCUUCCUUCAGAGAGUCUCAUACAAGCAGAGUCGUUGGCUCAGGCUCAAAAUACUCCUUCGCUCGUCAGACCAAAGCCCACUCACUCUCAGUCUUUUGACUUGACACACCUAAGAAGCCCUGGUUAUCAAAGAGACUCGGUCAUCAUCCUUGACACCCCUCAUUCAGCGACCCAGACCUUUCUACCAGCUGACUACUACAAUCAAGCUCCCAUGGAUCCAGCCGCUCUUGCUUCUUCUGAGGCUGCUGAUCAAAGUGAAGUCGACAACCGUCCCAGUCUGGAUGCCAAACUCAAGGCACUCGAUGCUAGCAUCAAAUCGAAAGCCAAGAAGACGCCCACCAAGAAGCGCAAAAGUGCUUCCAAGGAAGACGGCAUUUACAAGCCUCCAGCAGACGAGGAAGAAGACGAAUUAGAGUUCAUCAAAGAGAAACCAAAGAAGAAGCGUAAGUCCACCGGCAAGAAGGCAGCCAAUGUUGAGUCCGCGAACGAUCAACCUGGACCUGAAAUCGGCCAUGGCAAGAUGAACAAAACCAACACCAAGAAGCAGGACAGCAGUGAGCAGCACAUUCUCGACCAGGCCAUCGAUCUUCCUCCCAGCCGCCCAAGCAUGGACACCCUCGAUCCCAUCAACGAAGAAGACAGCUUUGUAGUCGCCCCCCGUGUUGACUCGACCAACUCCCUCGUCCCCUCGCAGCACGACUCUGCCAUUGGCGCCGCCGAUGCCGAAUCCACUCAUGUACGCACCGACCCUCUCAAAUCAAUCCUCAUCAACAGGUACGAGACUGCUCGUCCUACAUCCAGAGGCUCUUCCAGAGGCUCGAACAAGCGUCCCUCUUCCUCGCAACGCCGCUCUUCGCCUCCACCCGACACUGUAUAUACGAAGCCUACGCUCGUCACCAUCGAGAAGCACGAGAAGCACCACAUUAUCACUGCCACUCCUGGUGUUGGCUCCGUCCCCGUCUUGCCAACUGCGCUAGAGAAGGUUACGGGUGAUCAAGCUGGCGCCGUCACGAUUGAAUUUCCCAGUUUUGAUGAUCACAAGCACAAGCACAAGCAUAAUUACUCAUCACUCGAACGAGGAAGCCACGAUGGAGCGGAAAGUCGUGGCUUCAUACUUUUCUUGCUCAAUACUCUUUUCGAGGAAGGAUCGUGGUACUCAAGCCCAGUUCCUUCCAACUUUAUCAUGAUUUCCAAAAAUGCAAAGUUUUGUUUCCUCCGAUUCCAUGGUGGUGUCCAUGCAGUCGUGACUGUGACUGUAGAGCCGCACGAAAACGGCACGGCUGCACUGCUGCUCGAACUCGACAGACUGGAACCACUCGAACUCGAUAGACUAGAACUGCUGGAAGAGGACAGACUGCUCGAAACCGAGGAACUCGGACUCGACGAUAUCGACGAGGAUGAUGAGGAUAAUGAAGCGGUGGCCGCGCCAGCUGAACUGCUUAGUACCGAGGAUGAUGAAGAGGAUAGGAUGCUGCUGCUCGGAGAACUGAGGCUGCUCGAGACUGAGGAAGACGAGGAAGAAGAAAGUGAGCUUGACACGCUGCUGCUUGAAGAGGAAGAAAUUGAGCUCGACGACGAUACUGAGGCCGAAAAGGGGGCAACACUUAUAGAGGACAGCGAACUGGAUGAAAUCGAAGAAGACGAGCUCGAAGAAACGGAGGACGACAGACUCGACGAAACUGAAGACGACGAGCUCGAAGAAAUUGACGAGGAACUCGACGAGGAUGAGCUUGAGCUACUGGAACUUGAAGAGCUGAAGGAUGAUGACGCUGCGCUCCCAAGACCCGGUGCUGGUGUUAUGGUAGAUGUGAAGACAGUCGAAGAGGUGCCCGCUGUGGUUGGUGCCGUAGUUGCUGCAGCGAUCCUGAUGGCACCAACAGAGUUCGAGCUGGAACCUGGGAUAAAAGAAGCAGACGUCACAUACUUGAGUCUCAGUCGAGGGAGGGGUAUAGUUAUCGCACAACCCGAAGCAAUCCUCGAAAUUGUUGGCCGCUUGGAAUCCCAUGAAGCCAGGAGAGACACCAGAUGUGUUGUUUCCACACGAGACCUGGUAUGCCUGGCCGAGAAAGUCGGACUCGGCUCUGUUCGUUAUCAGCUUGGAGAUUAUGGAAGUCUAGGUUCUGCGGAACUCACUGGCAAUAUAUCGUGA